CAGAUUCCGCCGCAACGUUCUCUACCCAUCCUUGGACGCCCCUCUUUGGUCUUUCUCUCUCGCAAUAGAGCCUACCUCUCGUCCAACCUCAAACGUAGGUCUGCACCAAUUUUAGGUACUCCACCAUGGCGGAGCCGGUAUCCAGUAUCGUAACGUUGACGGCUGUAUCCCUAACCAUCAUCCGAAGGACUGUGAGAUUUAUCCAAGCGGCCAGGACUGUUGACACUUUGAUUGAAUCGCUCCUCACAACGCUCCUGGAUCUUAAGCGCCUUCUCAGGGUCGUCGAGUCUACAUGUAGACAAGCAACGUCUGGUGACGACGACCCAUCGCGCUUUGUGAAAGAUUCGGUCGUGAGAUGUCACAAUCGUUUAACUGAAGUCCAAGCAAUGGUGGAGGGUCUCGCUUUCCGAGAGAAGAGGACACUUUUCCAAAAAGUGGUCCUAUUGGUGAGGACCGACCGGUCGAGGAAAGAUAUAGAGGAUGCGAUUCAGGACAUUGACCGUCUAAUGAACAAUCUUCACCGAGGCAUCAGCUCGUGGAAUCUACUCAUAACAUCGGCAAUCCAUCGGCGAGCUUCUGAAGCUCCUCCCUUUCGACUUGCGCAAAUUACCACCACAUCAACAGAAUCACACGAAAUCGAAGAGAGCGAUGCAGUUAGCCCAUUAAGCCGCGCUUGGUCUGAAGUGGAAACAGUAUACGAUGCAAGCGUCUCAAGUCGAAGAAGUUCAUCAGCAACAGGAGGCUCUAGGAACUCCAUCUCUUCAACUUCUUUCCGGGCCCGUCAGCCACACUCCGAACGAAGCAGUAGUGUCUCUGCACGCAUCGAACUUGUUCCACAGAACAGCGAGUGGGUCGACUUCCACUACCAAAUAAAGGCAUGCAAAGGCAAUGAGGCUCGGAUUAAAGCCAUUAGAAAAGUGUUGCAGGAACAUCCAGACAGCACUACGCUUGCCAAUUCUCCAGAUGGGUCGAGGAGGACUCCUCUUCAUCUAGUAGCUCAACAAGGGGAUGUCAAACUCGCGGAAAUCCUCGUCGCCUUUACCGCAAACAUCAACGCCAUCGACAGCCAGCCACGCUCCGUCCUCGAUUUCGCCGUAAAAUAUAACCAUGAGCAUUUUGUCGAGUUUCUCAUCGACCACAACGUCGACCAAACUGCAAUCGCAAAGGAAAAUCUCCGUCGAUUCAGAGAGAUCAAGGAUACCAUUGAUUUUCAGAAAAUCGAAUUGGGCAAAAUCGUGAAGAAAGAGCGCAAACGAAACCGCACAAAUACUUCGACUUGAAUAGGCCACAUCUGUCACAAGUGUAUGACGGAUUGAACGACUUCAAUACGUAACAUGCGUAAAUGCUUGGGGCUAUGUGCAACGGGCAUUGCGCCAAGACAUUCUUCACCGGUCGCGGACCAUGAGGGUGGGUUACCGGGCUGUGCCAUGGCGCCGGCCCCAUGCUCCCACUGCUCGGUAAAGCUGGGGCAUCACAAAAGCUCGGGGUCAGGGAAAGAUGGUGCUGCGGGGGUGAUAGCCGCUGGGUGGUUCGCAUCCAAACCCCAAUCUAGUCUGAUCUGCAGUUCGCAAGGCUGCUACCAAUGCACGCAACACACAUUCCGCAACGGAAAUAGGAGAUGCACAACGCUACCACAAGUUCAAACUUACCGAAUCAAGACAAAGCCCCACCCCGGAAUUUU